AUGGAGACUUCUGAUAUACCAACUACCUCCAGGAGACAGAAUGCCGGUGAUAACAAAAAUACUGAGCAUGAGACCACCCCCGACUCAACCGAGAACGAAAGUGCCAAACCGUCAAGCACUACCGGCUCGUUUGAGUGCAAUAUAUGCCUAGAUCCUGCCCAAGACGCUGUAGUCAGCAUGUGUGGGCAUCUGUUUUGUUGGCCUUGUUUGCAUCGUUGGUUCGAAACAUCAGAAACACGGCAAGUAUGCCCAGUAUGUAAAGCUGCUAUCAGCCGUGACAAGGUUAUUCCACUCUACGGUCGUGGAGCAGAUCACACUCGGGACCCUCGAAGUAAAAUACCGCCGCGACCUGCCGGUCGUCGUGUAGAACCAGAACCGGCUCAGGCUGGUCUUGGUGGUGUGUUUAACAACCUAUUCGGGACACCGGAUGGUGGCAGUAAUUUCCGAAUGUCUAUCGGAAUCGGCGCAUUUCCGUUCGGUUUCCUUGCCACUGCUUUCAAUGUGGGCGGUGGUGCUGGUUCUGGUGGUACGGGAAGCGAUAGCUAUACUGGUUCAAACGGUUCCGGUUCUUUGGAUGGAACGUGGAACGCGGAUGCUGAGACUAUCUUCGUGAAUGCAUUAAAUCUUUCAAUCAUGACACGCAUCAAAUAUCGCUACAUGGUCUGCUUCGUGUCGAUUCAAUCGGUUAAUUCACGUCAGCCCCCUGGCUUUCCAGGAUGUCCAUUGGAUGAUACGGUCGCAUUGCGAACCACCGAGGCGAAUCUGACAUUUGCGAUUCGGAAAUCGGUGCAGAAGUGUCACGGGACUAUUGGAUUGGGCACUUGUAUGGCGCGUUUGAGGUUGAUUUACUGGUGUCCACAGUCCGGUUUACUCGUGCUCCGAUGUCUGCGUAAUCAACUGGUUCCCAUUCAUGCCGCAUUAUCCAUGAUCACACGUCUCGAGACUGGUGGACAGGAACGAUUGGCGCUAUUCGACGUGCAUCACAUCAGUGGGACUGUCCGUAGCUGUCAAAAGUUUCUUGUGGAGUUCUACACGCACCAGAUUUAUUCGAAUCCUCAUGCAAAUGUGCGAACAGCCUUGCGACGAUUGAUUCAACAGCGAGCCAUAACAACCAGUCCGCCUGUGCUUCUAGACAAUUUUUAA